AUGCCCCGGAUAUCCAACGAGGGCGAUGACCACAACACCCAGGCACAUUCGAGUCCUUCAACUCCCAAAUCUCCAAAGACUACGAUUGAAAGGUCGAAAUUAGAAGUCCCAAGACCUCCACUUCCUCCGCGACCCACAAACCUAUCUACUCUCCGCAGUCGUCCAUCAACCUCCUACCAGGAACACGGGUCAAAAGAUGGCCUCCUGUCGGGCACCACGACCGCUGUCACAACCACCGAUGUAAACACUUAUACCACAAACGAUGGAUCCCGCAAGCUGCAUACAUCAAUUGGCGCCAGAUCUCCCUCAAGUUCGACACUGAAGCGAGGCGUUAUAGGAAGUCCACGAGUGAGCGACACGGGAGAUUCAUCCAGCUUGCGUAGCUAUGUUCCACAACUCGAGACAAGAGAAGAGGUCAGCAGCUUAUUUGGCAACGACAUUACCGAUGACGACGACGAAGGCAAUUCGCGCCCCUUUCAGGAUGUUUUCUCAAGUCAAUUUGAGGCCGAUGCUGUAGACAUCGAUUUCGACAAGGAGUUCGACAAGAUACCAGAGGUCGACGAGGACGGAAAUAACGAAGAGUUGGCUCACUCAUUGUGGAAGUCAAAGAGCAAGCAUUUCAUGAUAUUAUCUGCUGCUGGGAAACCAAUUUAUACGCGCCAUGGUUCGGAUGCUGUCAUCUCAGGCUAUAUCGGCAUUGUUCAGACCAUCAUUUCAUUCUACCAAUCAUCAGGAAACUCCUUACGAAGCUUCUCCUCCGCAGGUGCGCGCUUCGUAAUUCUGUCCCAAGCAAACUUGUUCCUGGUGGCCAUUAGUCGUAUCCUGGAAUCAGACACACAAUUGCGCCUACAGCUUGAGGCGCUCUACAUGCAGAUUCUCUCCACACUGACACUCCCCAAUCUGACACAUAUAUUUUCGGUGCGUCCCUCCAGCGACCUUCGCCGACCACUUCAAGGAACGGAAGUUCUUCUUUCGUCACUUGCCGACAGUUUCACCCGUGGCUCGCCUUCUACGCUUCUCUCUGCAUUGGAAAGCCUCAAGCUCCGCAAGUCACAUCGUGACAUCAUCAACAACACGCUUCUGAAGUCCAGAGUCGAUGACCUGCUCUACGGCCUUAUUGUUGCUGGGGGCCGUCUUGUGAGCGUUGUGCGCCCCAAAAAGCACUCCCUCCACCCGGGUGAUCUUCAACUAAUAUUCAAUAUGCUCUUUGAAGCGGAAGGGGUCAAGACCGGCGGUGGAGAAUCCUGGAUCCCACUAUGCUUACCCGGCUUCAACCCGAAAGGCUAUCUGUACAUGUUUGUGAGCUUCCUCAGCCUGACAAACAACAACAUCCGCCAAGCAGCCGCCGAGGAAGAAAUCCCCAAAGAAGACGCGGUUGCGAUCAUCCUCAUCAGCGCAAACAAAGAAAGCUUCGAAUCAAUGCGAAGCGUGAAGAACUACCUUGUCCACGAACUCGGCCGAAGUCGAAGUCUAGGUACCAUCCAAAAUGCAAUCCAAGCAGGCCGUCCCGUACCCACCGACAUCGUCCCCGGUACUGUGCUUCGCCAUUUCCUAUUCAAAUCAAAGGCCAAUGUACAGUUUUUCAUGCCGUCGUUCACAUGCUACGAAACCCCACGCCUACGGCGAAGGUUGCUCUCCGUAUAUCACGAACUUCAUGCAAGUGUGCACACCAAGCAUGCGAGCGUCAAGGUUCACCACAGUGUGAGUGCUUCGCAUGCUGCGCUGGCGUGGGUGACGCCGAUGUUUGAGCUGUACUGUGUUGCCGGACCUGGUACGGGGAGGAACGCGUUGGCACACAGUGCGAACAAGGUUGUGCAGUGGGUGCAGGAGGAGGAGGAAAGGGUUUUUCUUAUUGGAGGUGCUGUCUUUUGA